AUGGAUUAUUCCAGCGAUGACAUAUCAUUCACAGACUUCGAUUUUGAACCACAAAAAAAAAAAAAAAAAAAAUCACAUACUCAAUCAAAUGAUAAAUACAAUAGAUUCAAAAAUACCGAUGAAGAAGAAUACUUAAAACCAGUGGUUUUUGUUAGUGGUGGUUUUUUAAAUAGUACAAACAAAAAAAAAAAUGAAGAAGAUAACAAUUUGAAUUUUUCUUCCACUGAUAAUGAUUCAAGUGAUUAUGAAGAAUAUGAUGUGUUUAAACACUUCACCUUUGAUUUUAAUAUAAACUCGAAAAAUGAAGCGGAUUUUAUAAAAAAUAACUUAAAGAAAUACCAUUUAACUGAACUGAAAGAACAGGAUAAAAACUUCGAACAAUAUGGGUUAGGAUUUAAAAUAUUAAGAAAAAUGGGGUAUGAAGAUGGAAUUGGAAAUAAAAUAAAAACAAACAUCGCCCCUAUCGAACUUAAAAAAAAACAUACAUCGAUCUUGGAAGAACAAAAAAAAAAUAAAUAUUUUGAUGAUAAUGAUUCAGACUUGGAUAAUUAUUCAAAUGAAAGCUAUGAUAUGAUAUUUAACCCAAAUAUAAAUAUCACCACAUUUUGGAAAAAAACCUUUAAUUACAAGAAACAUUGCAAUUUUAAUAAAAUAAAAAAUGAAAUUAAUGCUCGUCUGAAAUAUACAGAUACAUAUACAUCUUCCUACAUAUUUAAUGAUAACAUUGAUGAUGAUACUGAAAAUAACGGUAAUACUACUAUGACAACCUCCCUUGAUAAUGAUACUACGUGUGUUCAGAAUAUCCAGCAAACUAGUACAAAACUCAAUGACCAUAUUAAAGAUAUGUCCUUUAAUUAUUUCACUAUUAUAAAGAAAAAAAAAGAGGCAGAAAUAAAAUUUAAAAAUUAUAAAAAUUCAUUUAACGUAAAUGACAUUUAUAAAAUUCAUGAAUUACUAUUAAAAAACAUAUUGACUUAUAAAUACCUCUUAAAUAUACAUACUAUCCUUUCAUAUCCUCAUCUUUUUAACAACCACACAUUUAAUGAAUAUAUUUUUCAAAAUAUGAAUCAUAACAUACAUCAACAAAGUUACAAUGAGUCCAGUUUAUCUAAUGACCAAAAUGAUGCUCAGCCGGACCCAUUAAAUGUAGAUCAUUGUGAAAAACUAAUAAAUACGUAUUCCAAUUUUCAAUCUGAUAAAAUUAACGAAGAAUAUGAUGGUCAUUCACAAUAUUUUACACAACAUGAAAACGAAUUACAUUAUACUGACACUAAAAACUAUGAAACCAAUUUAAAUGAACUUCUCAUAAGUAACUAUAAAUUAUUAUGUGAUAAAACAUAUUUUAAUCAAAAGCAAAAAGAAUUAACAAAACAUAUAAACAUUAACACCAACUAUCAAAACAUCGAAGAUUUACAAUAUAUAUAUAAUUUAUUAAAUGUAAAAAAUAUUCAAAUUAAAAAAACAAAUGACCCAAUAUUAUUAUGUGAUAUAUACACUUUACUGUUUUUUAUAUAUGAAAACUCUAAAUUUUUAUAUUUAAGUACCCAUGUGUCAAAAUUUUUUCUUGAGUUUUUAAGAAUAUAUUUUUAUAAUAUACACCAAAAAUAUAUAGAACCUUACGAACAAAAAAAUGAUGAAGAUGGUGAAAAUACAAAAAAUGACACCAUAGAAUAUAACACACAUAAUACUGGCUUAACAAACAAUAACAUAUUCCAUGAACAAAAUGAGCAUAAUAAAAUAUCUUUGAAUUAUUCCAACGAUUUUCCAAAAUAUAGUCAAAAUGAUAUAUCAUAUGUAAUAUACAUUAAAAAAAUUAUAUUAAUGGGAAUAAACGAAAUUAAUAAAACAGAAUAUCAUGAAAUUGAGAAUGAAUUUAACAAUAUAAUUUACUAUAAUUUAAUUUAUCCCCAUAUAUAUAAACAAAAUUAUUACGAUGUUUUUGAUUAUAUAAAUUUAUUUAAAGAUGCUUUUAGUAAUAGUUAUUAUAAAAAAAUAUUAAUAUUUUUUAUUAAUAAAAAUAUACUAUUAAAUAUCGUUGAAACUGAACAUUUUGAUUUAGAUCAAAAUGCGCUAAAAGACAUAGAAGUUAAGUUAUCUAUAUUAUUUGAGAUUAACAAACAAUUUGAUAUUAAUACACAUAUUAAUAAUUAUUAUAUGAAUAUAUUAGCUAAAUAUUUCAAAAAUUCAAACAUUUGUGAAAAUUAUAUUAUAUUAAUUAAAACUGUGCUUAAAAAUAAUUUAUAUAAAAAGGAAAUAUUUGAACUUGUCGUAAAUAAAAUAAUUUUCGAACUCAACAAAAUAAAUUUUACAGAUAUGGAAUUUACACAACACCUUAACCAAAUUAUGGUGUUACAUAAUUGUAUAGAUGAUAAUAUAUUUUUCUUUAUUCUCAAAGUAUAUUUUUUUUAUAACUAUGCAAAAUAUGUGUGUAAUGAAAUACGAAACAUUAAUCAUAUGUUUAAUGAUCAAAUACAAAAUACACAAAAUAAUGAAAAUCAAACUGAGAAUCCAGAAAACCAAAAUUGUACUAAUCAACAACAAAACAUCGAACUAUUAACAGCUAAAAAAAAAGAACUAUAUGAAAAAUUUAAAAAAGUCAAAGAUGUUUUCCAAAACAACAUAAUGAAAGACGAGUCAAUAAAAGAUAUUAUGUUUAGUAUAUUAAAUGUAAUAAAAACCUACGUUGUACAAGAUAAAAUAAUAACAUUUUCAGUUGAAAAAGUUUUAAACUAUGAUACAAUGAAUAUAUAUUCGGAUAAUAAUAUUAAUUAUUAUUUUUUAUAUAAAGAUAUAAAAAUACCGAUACCAAUUUAUGCGGUUCCACAAAAAAAUAAUACUUUAUAUGAAAUAAACAAUAAUAAAAAUAGUAUACAAAAACAAAAUUCAAAAGAUAUAUCCUAUCAAAAUUAUCAAUUCUCUAAAAAAAAAUAUGUUAAUAUAAUCAAGAAAUUAGAAGAUGAUGCAAAUCAUUAUAAAAAUGAUCAACAAUAUGAAAACAUUAAUGUAAAAGAUUAUUUACAAAGGUAUUGUUUAGAAAAUGAUAUUUUAUUUAUACAAAAAAACAACCGAAAAAUUAAUGGAAAUACUGUUUUUUCGAUUAAUAAUUUUUCUAUAUAUAUAAAUAAUAAUAUUAUUUAUAUCUAUAAGGAUCAACAAUGGAAACCAACUUUGUUAAGUGAUUUACUAAGCACAGUUUCAAAUUCAACUAUGCAUAAGUAG